AGGAGCCGCGAGCGGGGGCGGGGCGGCUAGUGCGGACUCAGUUCGAGCGCGUGCUGGGGAAAGCGGCUCGGCGCGAGCAGCAGCAGCAGCGGCAGCAGCAGCCGGGCGGUUUAUCGAGGCGGUUUAUCCAGCGCUGGCUGGAUUCAGGUUCCUGUUGUGGGAUAGUUCUCUAAAAUGGCUCAGAGGAUUUUGCAGGAAGACCCUGAGAGGUACCUUUUUGUGGACAGAGCAGUAAUCUACAACCCUGCUACCCAGGCUGACUGGACUGCUAAGAAAUUAGUCUGGAUUCCCUCAGAACGUCAUGGCUUUGAAGCUGCCAGCAUCAAAGAAGAGAGGGGAGAUGAAGUGCUGGUUGAGUUGGCUGAGAAUGGAAAGAAAGCAGUUGUCAACAAAGAUGAUAUUCAAAAAAUGAAUCCUCCCAAAUUUUCCAAAGUAGAAGACAUGGCAGAAUUGACCUGCUUAAAUGAAGCCUCUGUUCUUCAUAAUUUGAAGGAUCGAUACUAUUCUGGGCUCAUUUAUACCUACUCUGGACUCUUCUGUGUAGUCAUAAAUCCAUACAAGAACCUUCCCAUUUACUCUGAAAACAUCAUUGAGAUGUACAGGGGAAAGAAACGUCAUGAAAUGCCUCCACAUAUUUAUGCAAUAUCAGAAUCUGCAUAUAGAUGCAUGCUCCAAGAUCGUGAGGACCAAUCAAUUCUUUGCACAGGUGAAUCAGGUGCUGGGAAAACAGAAAACAAGAAAGUUAUUCAGUAUCUGCACAUGUUGCUUCUUCGCAUAAAGGAAGAAAAGGACCACAAUAUUCCUGGUGAACUAGAGCGUCAGCUUCUACAAGCCAAUCCUAUUCUGGAAUCCUUUGGAAAUGCAAAAACUGUAAAAAAUGAUAAUUCCUCCCGCUUUGUAAGUCUGGGCAAGUUCAUCAGAAUAAAUUUUGAUGUUACUGGCUAUAUUGUUGGGGCCAACAUUGAAACAUAUUUAUUAGAAAAAUCACGUGCAGUUCGUACAAGCCAAAGAUGAACGGACUUUCAUUUUUAUCAGCUUCUAGCUGGGGCUGGUGAACAUUUGAAAGCUGAUUUGCUCCUCGAAGGGUUUAACAACUACCGGUUUCUGUCCAAUGGCUACAUUCCCAUUCCUGGCCAGCAAGAUAAAGACAACUUCCAGGAGACAAUGGAGGCCAUGCAUAUCAUGGGCUUUUCUCAUGAUGAAAUAACUAGCUAUGUUGAAGUGGUAUCCUCAGUACUGCAGUUUGGAAAUAUUUCCUUCAAAAAAGAGAGAAACACGGAUCAAGCAUCUAUGCCAGAAAAUACAGUUGCACAGAAGCUCUGCCAUCUGUUGGGAAUGAAUGUAAUGGAAUUUACUCGAGCAAUACUCACUCCACGCAUAAAAGUUGGCAGGGACUAUGUCCAAAAAGCCCAAACCAAAGAACAAGCAGAUUUUGCUGUAGAGGCAUUGGCAAAAGCUACAUAUGAACGUCUUUUCCGUUGGCUUGUUCACCGUAUUAACAAAGCUUUAGAUAGAACUAAACGGCAGGGAGCUUCCUUCAUUGGCAUCUUGGAUAUUGCUGGAUUUGAAAUAUUUGAGUUAAACUCUUUCGAACAACUAUGUAUCAACUACACCAAUGAGAAACUGCAGCAGUUAUUCAACCAUACCAUGUUUAUCUUGGAGCAAGAAGAAUAUCAAAGGGAGGGCAUAGAAUGGAAUUUUAUUGACUUUGGACUGGAUCUACAACCCUGCAUUGAUUUAAUUGAACGACCUGCUAACCCUCCAGGUGUAUUGGCUUUGCUGGAUGAAGAAUGCUGGUUCCCUAAAGCAACUGACAAGACAUUUGUAGAAAAACUGGUCCAAGAGCAAGGUACUCAUUCCAAAUUCCAGAAACCUCGGCAGCUGAAGGACAAGGCAGAUUUCUGCAUUAUCCAUUAUGCAGGAAGGGUGGAUUACAAGGCAGAUGAAUGGCUAAUGAAAAAUAUGGACCCACUGAAUGAUAAUGUGGCAACUCUUCUGCACCAGUCUUCUGACAGAUUUGUUGCAGAACUUUGGAAAGAUGUGGACCGUAUUGUGGGCUUAGAUCAAGUCACUGGAAUAACAGAGACUGCCUUUGGCUCAGCUUACAAGACCAAGAAGGGGAUGUUCCGUACAGUAGGGCAGCUAUACAAAGAAUCACUUACCAAACUGAUGGCCACACUACGCAAUACUAACCCAAAUUUUGUUCGCUGCAUCAUUCCAAAUCACGAAAAGAGGGCUGGAAAGUUGGAUCCCCAUCUUGUUCUAGACCAGCUCCGUUGCAAUGGUGUUCUCGAAGGAAUACGGAUUUGUCGACAGGGAUUUCCAAACAGGAUAGUGUUCCAAGAAUUUAGACAGAGGUAUGAGAUCCUGACUCCAAAUGCAAUUCCUAAGGGUUUUAUGGAUGGAAAGCAAGCUUGUGAGAGAAUGAUCAGAGCACUGGAAUUGGAUCCUAACUUGUAUAGAAUUGGUCAGAGCAAGAUUUUUUUCCGAGCUGGUGUUUUGGCACAUCUAGAAGAAGAAAGAGAUUUGAAGAUAACAGACAUCAUUAUAUUCUUCCAAGCUGUUUGUAGGGGAUACUUGGCCAGAAAAGCCUUUGCUAAGAAGCAGCAACAACUGAGUGCAUUAAAAGUUUUACAAAGAAAUUGUGCUGCAUAUUUGAAGUUAAGGCAUUGGCAGUGGUGGAGAGUGUUCACAAAGGUGAAGCCUCUGCUUCAGGUUACUCGUCAGGAGGAAGAACUUCAGGCUAAAGAUGAGGAGCUGGUAAAGGUGAAAGAGAAACAGAGUAAAGUGGAAGGAGAACUAGAAGAGAUGGAAAGAAAGCACCAGCAGUUGGUAGAAGAGAAGAACAUUCUUGCCGAACAGUUGCAAGCAGAGACAGAACUCUUUGCUGAGGCCGAAGAGAUGAGAGCUCGCCUGGCGGCCAAGAAGCAAGAGUUAGAAGAAAUUCUGCAUGAUUUAGAGUCCCGGGUAGAAGAGGAAGAAGAACGGAAUCAAGUGCUUCAGAAUGAAAAGAAAAAAAUGCAGUCACACAUACAGGAUCUAGAGGAGCAACUUGAUGAGGAAGAAGGAGCUCGGCAGAAGCUACAGCUUGAGAAGGUAACAGCGGAAGCAAGAAUAAAGAAAAUGGAGGAAGAAAUCUUAUUAUUGGAGGACCAGAAUUCCAAAUUCUUAAAGGAAAAGAAAUUAAUGGAGGACAGAAUUGCAGAAUGUUCUUCACAGCUGGCUGAAGAAGAAGAAAAAGCUAAAAAUUUAGCAAAGCUGAGAAACAAGCAGGAAAUGGUGAUUACAGAUCUAGAAGAGCGCUUGAAAAAAGAAGAAACUCGCCAAGAGCUAGAAAAAGCGAAAAGGAAGCUUGAUGGAGAAACCACUGAUUUACAAGACCAAAUUGCAGAACUGCAAGCCCAAAUAGAAGAAUUAAAAAUCCAACUUGCCAAGAAAGAGGAAGAACUGCAGGCUGCCCUUGCCAGAGGAGAUGAAGAAGUGAUGCAAAAAAACAAUGCGCUAAAAGUAAUCCGAGAAUUGCAAGCCCAAAUUGCAGAGCUGCAGGAAGAUCUUGAAUCAGAAAAGGCUUCACGCAAUAAGGCAGAGAAGCAGAAGAGAGACCUGAGUGAGGAGUUAGAAGCAUUGAAGACAGAGUUGGAAGACACCUUGGAUACUACUGCAGCUCAGCAAGAGCUCAGGACAAAGCGUGAGCAGGAAGUUGCUGAACUGAAGAAAGCCCUUGAGGAAGAAACCAAGAAUCAUGAAGCCCAAAUUCAGGAUAUUAGGCAGAGGCAUGCAACAGCCUUGGAAGAGAUCUCAGAACAGCUUGAACAGGCCAAAAGAUUCAAAGCAAAUCUUGAAAAGAACAAACAGUGUUUGGAAACAGAUAACAAAGAGCUGGCCUGUGAGGUGAAAGUUUUGCAGCAAGUUAGAUCUGAAGCAGAACACAAGAGGAAGAAGCUUGAUGGUCAGGUACAGGAAUUGCAGGCCAAGGUUGUAGAAGGCGAGAGGCUGAGGACAGAGCUGGCAGAAAAAGCAAACAAACUUCAGAAUGAACUGGAAAAUGUUUCAAGUCUCCUGGAAGAAGCAGAGAAAAAAGGCAUAAAAUUUGCCAAAGAUGCUGCAAAUUUAGACUCUCAACUACAAGAUACCCAGGAACUGUUGCAAGAGGAGACACGCCAGAAACUGAAUUUGAGUAGCAGGAUUCGGCAGUUGGAAGAAGAGAAGAACAAUCUGCAAGACCCAGAAGAAGAGGAAGAAGCAAGGAAGAAUUUGGAGAAGCAUGUAAUAACUCUGCAGUCUCAGCUAGCUGAUGCCAAGAAGAAGGUUGAUGAUGACUUAGGGACUAUUGAAGGGCUGGAGGAGAGUAAGAAGAAACUGUUGAAGGACAUGGAAAUUAUCAGCCAACGUUUAGAAGAAAAGGCAAUGGCAUUUGAUAAAUUGGAGAAAACAAAAAACCGCCUUCAACAAGAACUGGAUGACUUAAUGGUGGACCUUGAUCAUCAGCGUCAAAUUGUUUCCAACUUGGAGAAGAAGCAGAAGAAAUUUGAUCAGAUGCUGGCAGAAGAGAAGAACAUAUCUGCUCGUUACGCAGAAGAAAGGGACCGUGCUGAAGCUGAGGCACGAGAAAAGGAGACCAAAGCACUGUCCCUGGCACGAGCCCUGGAGGAAGCUUUAGAGGCCAAGGAAGAGUUUGAGAGACAAAAUAAGCAACUCCGAACAGAAAUGGAGGACCUGAUGAGCUCCAAAGAUGAUGUUGGCAAAAAUGUUCAUGAGUUAGAAAAAUCUAAGCGUACAUUGGAGCAGCAAGUGGAAGAAAUGCGAACUCAGUUAGAAGAACUGGAGGAUGAGUUACAAGCCACAGAAGAUGCCAAAUUGCGCCUGGAAGUGAACAUGCAAGCCAUGAAAGCACAGUUCGAGAGGGAUCUUCAAGAGGAUGAGCAGAAUGAGGAGAAGAAGAGGCUCUUAGUAAAACAAGUUCGGGAACUGGAAGCAGAACUGGAAGAUGAAAGGAAGCAGCGGGCGUUGGCUGUGGCAUCCAAGAAGAAAAUGGAAGCAGAUUUGAAAGACUUGGAAGCUCAGAUUGAGGCAGCAAACAAGGCCCGUGAUGAAGCCAUCAGGCAGUUGCGCAAAUUGCAGGCUCAAAUGAAAGAUUAUCAACGUGAAUUAGAAGAGGCCCGUGCAUCUCGAGAUGAAAUUUUUGCUCAAUCAAGAAAUGAAAAGAAGCUCAAAGGUCUUGAAGCAGAAAUUCUUCAACUUCAAGAGGAACUUGCCGCUUCAGAACGAGGCAGGCGACAUGCAGAGCAAGAGAGGGAUGAACUGGCUGAUGAAAUUGCUAACAGUGCCUCUGGAAAGUCUGCCUUGCUGGAUGAGAAACGCCGCUUGGAAGCCCGAAUUGCACAACUGGAAGAGGAACUGGAGGAAGAGCAAAGCAAUAUGGAGCUUCUCAAUGACCGUUUCCGUAAAACCACUCUACAGAUUGACACGUUGAAUUCUGAGUUGGCCUCAGAGCGGAGUGCUGCCCAGAAGAGCGAGAAUGCCCGUCAGCAGUUAGAAAGGCACAACAAAGAGUUGAAAGCAAAGCUUCAGGAGCUGGAAGGUUCAGUCAAAUCCAAGUUCAAGACAACCAUUUCAGCACUAGAAGCAAAGAUCGGGCAACUAGAAGAACAGCUGGAGCAGGAGGCAAAAGAGAGAGCAGCAGCCAAUAAGCUAGUACGCCGCACAGAGAAGAAACUGAAGGAGGUAUUUAUGCAGGUGGAAGAUGAGCGCCGACAUGCAGACCAGUACAAGGAACAGAUGGAGAAAGCUAAUGCCAGGAUGAAGCAGCUCAAGCGCCAGCUAGAAGAAGCAGAGGAGGAAGCACGUGCUAAUGCAUCACGUCGUAAACUUCAGCGUGAAUUAGAUGAUGCUACAGAAGCCAGUGAAGGCCUUAGCCGAGAGGUCAGCACUCUGAAGAACAGACUAAGGAGAGGAGGCCCGAUCACCUUUUCUUCCAGCCGAUCUGGAAGGCGCCAGCUGCACAUUGAAGGAGCUUCACUGGAGCUUUCAGAUGACGAUGCAGAGAGUAAGGGGAGCGAUAUCAAUGAACCUCAAGCUGCCCAAAUUGAGUAGAGUGUCCCCGCUGUAUUAAAACUGCCAACAUUCCCGGAGUGUGACUUCUUUCCAUAUGUUUGAGAGAAGAACUUAACUGGCCACCAAAUUGCUUCUGUGGCCUAGAUCUGCCUUAGGCAAAACUGGCAUAGCAUUAGGUCAUGUAUUGCAGGUCAGUCCAAGCAUUAUUGCUGCCUGGCUUUGCCAUAUUGUAAACUGUUUUGGAUAUAGGUACCACUACUUAUAUGUAUUAAAAUAUCUCUGUUCAGUGCUUUUUGUUUCAAAGUAUCCAUUGUAAAGCCAUUUUUCUAAGGCACUGAGUGAUAAGCGGGUCCAGCCUCUGUCCCAGGCAGAAACUUCUGGCAGCUGGCUAUGCCUUUUUGCUAUGCAUGCAUAGCUACCUAGCAGUGGCACUCCCUUCCUGUGGGUUUUCUUCCCUACUUAUUUACAAGACCUGGUUCCUGUCACUUUUCUGGCUGACCCAAGGUCACCUGACUUUGAAAAUGUCCCAAGGAGCUUUAGAUCACAUUAUAACUAGCCAACUGCUUGUUCUACUUAAUGAGCCUUUGCCCACCUUGGCAAACUGAUGUCUUCCUGCUCCGGACAUCAUGAAUAGUCGGUUGAUCUGGAUAGGAUGCUGAUGAUUCUCUGUCUGAAUCAUACUUCCAUACAAGUUGGAUAGCCUCAGCAUGGAAGUUGAAUGAAUUCUCCCAGAAGCAACUGUUUUCUUCCUGAAAGACUGGGGAUAGGAGUGCAAGCUGAAGUUCUUGCCAGCUUUCUUGGUGCCCAUCAGUAUAUGUUUGCUAGAGGUAGCAAAUGGACACUGCCUGUAAAUGAACACACCAGUGGAGCUACCCUCGCCCCAUUUUCAGCUUUCACUUGGGUGAAAUGCAUUUAGCUAGCGUCGUUUUUGUCCUAGCUAAGAAUUGACAUUUACAGAAAGUGCCUUAGACACUGCAGUACUAAGACAAUGUUUCCUAUAAUUUGCCUAUAACAAUGAUUCAGUGUAUUGAUUUUUUGAUCAUAUCAUGCUGCAUCUCCUAGUACAAGUGGUAUUAUCAAUCUCCCGUGAUAAGAAUGAAUCAGUGUUAACUACAGAAUCUUGAACUCUUGCAACAUGCUUGAAACAAUAUUUCUCUUUGGUUAAAAGCUUUAACAUAUGUUACAAAGCUUUUGUUUUUGUGCAUUUGGAUAUUCUUAUUCAAACUGGCUGUUGACCACCAGGCAUCUGACUGCAAAUACCUUGUUUCUUUGUAUCCCCAUAUUUUUAGACAACGAUUUUUUUGUAAAAACAAUAAAUUUAUUCAUUCUAGAGACUCAUAAA